CGAAAGGCUGGGCCACUAUCAAUCCGGCCGGUCAACUGGCGUCUGGUUUCAAAGCUCUUUCCAGUCCCUGCUUACCUCGGCUUAGUACCUAGGCAUCUGGCAGCUAAUCUCCGUAAACGAUCUUGAAGAAGAGCUUGAUUUUGCGUUAAAUUCUCAACGAGUCUUUGCAAGUCUCUGCGACUUGCGUGAACGAGACUAGAAUGAAGACCAGAUCUGGAGGAGGGUGCGAAACGGGCACGAAGCGCUCGCAGCCGAGUGUCGAGGCAGAGUCAGACUGCGUCGUCGAGCCUGCCAGCAAGAAGCCGAAGCCCAACAGCAGCAGGGCGUCACCCAUCCCCCGCCGCAUAGACCCAUAUGAGCGUUUCCUCCUCCGCUGCAUACGCUUCAAUGUCGUGCCCGUCGAUUUUAACGGGGAUCUCAUGGUCACAGACAAGUGUACGAACGGGGUCUACCUCGUCGAUUCCAGGGCACUCCAGAGAGCAUCGUCAAAACUCUAUGAGCAGUGCCUGGCCGUCCGGCCGGCUGGGCCGCCGGCUCAUGAUGAACUCAAGCUCUUUCCGAAUUGGGAAUUUGACGGGCUGCCAGACACUUCAAUCAAAUCGAAAACGGCUAUGCUACACCUCAUCCACGCCAACAUGUCGAAGAUCCCAGAACUUAUGGAUUUUGAAACAUUACAGGAUACUGUUGUCUUCGCGGUGCAAUACGAAAUGCAGGACCGCUUCUUUUCGGUGUUGAAGCGAUGGUUCAAGACCAUGCCCUUGUCAACAACGAGAGAGAAGACGCAAAGGGCCUGCUGUUUCUGGCUGAGUUAUCACAUUGGUCUCGUGGAUGAUUUCAUGGUGUUUGUGAAUUGGGCCGUUUUCGAGUUGUACGAUGACGGCGAGGGCAGGCUGGGGGAUCCAUCUGAAGAGCUUUCUCCGGGGCAGCCACUUAAUCUCUCCAAAUUUCGCCUUGCUGAAAAGGUCGUCACGAACAGGAUCAUUAUGUUGCGGUAUCAAGCAGUUUCAAAAAUCUUGGCAAACCUGGGACAAGUACAGUCAGCACUUCUCUCAACCUCAGAAGGAUCAGUCGGUGACGGGCUCGAAGGCUUUGGUUGUCAGUUCUGCCUCAACCAAUGGUACGGAAGCUUCACCAGGGGCCUUGCAAGGCCUGGUCAGGCCUGCGGGCACCUUCCACCCGAAUUUCCAAGCAUGUUUCCGGUGAUGGAGGCAGAAGACUACCACCGGCCCCUGGCUGAGCUUUGCAACCUCGUUCAAAAUCUCGAAUUGAGUAUGAGCAAUGCAGAGCUUUCUUGUACACGUUCGACGCAUUGCGAACAGUCUGGGGGGGACUAUCUGGGGACGGCUGUUUGCUGUCCGCCCAAGCUUAUUGGCCGGGAGUAUGUGACGGGCCUCAUCGAGCUACUCAUAGAAGACUACCGUUCUGGUGACUAUAGACUUUAACUUCCCGCAUACGUGCGGGAACAUACAUGGCGCCUUCAUUCAGUGGCAAACGC